GUCCCUCUGAUUUUAACUAUUUUAACCGGUCGACUUGCAUGUCAGCAUAAUCAAACAAAAUUCACAUUGAGACAUUUACUUCCAAGCUUGUUUCUUUUGUCUCCUCUGGUGAGAACCAAACAUAGGUGGUGCCAAGAGCAUCGCCCUCUUUUUGCUGGUAUUGUUAUCAGCAAGAAAUCAGAUAAAGUUUGAUCUCCUGAGCCAGAUCGAUAAAACUUCCGUUCGUAUUUAUCAUUACCAAUUUACGAGGCCACAGAACUUAUCUUCGACUACUGAAAAUGGCCCAAAAGCCACAUUCCCAAAUCAAAGUCAAUUCACUCCAUCUUGGCAUAUUUUUGAAGGUUCAUCCAAAUCACCCUGUGCCUCCCACACAGAGCAAGCCAGUUCUUGGUUCUCCAGGGACAAUAACAAUUAGGUUCGGCAUUUUUUCCGAAAGCCCAUGUCUUAGAUAGAUACACUGAUAAAAUUAUACACGCAAGGUGAUAGAAAGAUAAGAACACAAUUACACGUUCUUUAAUCUAAGACGAAGCUUGUGAGGGCCCACGCCCCAGUUCCCUCAAUUCCAGCAAACCGUGGCCUUACUUUUUGUUCGGGGGCUAACAGGAGUCCCCAGGUUGGUUCCGUUUUUUGACAGUUAAAUAACAACCGGAAAAAAUAACCGUUAUAUGCGUAUCUCCCAUUAUUUGCGGAUUAAGCUCUGCGCUGAUCGCUGGGGGGAAAAUCGUAUAACAUCUGUACGGAAAACCGUAUAACAGCUGCACCCUGGGAAAAUUAGCCGUUGUUAGCGUCCAUUGUAGCUCUGUUUUGGGUUUCAAGAAAACUUAAUACGCUGGGAGGAACAAAAGAAAUCUUGAGCGUAUUAUAAACGCGUGGUUUUGAGGGUUUAAAAUCUGGAAGCCGACUGAGAUUGGGAGAAAAGCGCUCGAAUCAUAACGGUCUUCUUCUACUUCUUGUUCUCCUCCUUAUUCUUCUCCUUCUAUUUACAGAGACACUUCUCUGUUCGGGAUUGGAGCAAUCUUGGAGCGCAGAUUAACAGAAAGACUGAUAUGGGAGAGAAGGAGAAGUUUCCCCGAGGGUAUAGGUUUCUUCCCACCAUGGAGGAACUCAUCGAGUACCUCAAAGAAAAGGACUCCGGCAAACCCCUUCCCACCAACAUCAUCAAGGAAGUCGAGCUCUACAACCACCAGCCAGCAGUCCUCCAUAAGCGUUUUCCAAAUACGAGGAUAAAGAGUAGAUACUUCUUCACCAAGUUGGAUAAGAGGUCCAAGAACAAAAAGCAUAGAGAUCGCAGGGUCAAGAAUGGAGGCCACUGGAUUUGCAGCGCCGGAGACAAGCCAGUUCUUACGGAUGGUGGACAAUACACUGGUGGGGUAUAUAAAACCUUGACCUACUAUGAGGGCAACGGCAGGUCUAAGAAGACUGGUUGGAUCAUGAAAGAGUAUCGUCUUUCCGAGGAAUCCAAGCAGCAUCAGCCAACUGCAAACCAAGGAAGUGAUUGGGUGCUGUGCGAGAUCCAUCAUAAAGGGAAUACAGCUGAGGAUGAUGAGGCCAGUGAUGAUUCCAGUGAAGAAGACAAUGAAGCAGAACAGGAGGAGCCUGGCAAUGCUGCUGGUCUGCUACCAGACUUCACACACCUCCAACAUGACACGGUCACGGAUAUCCCUGGUUUUUCCCGAGUUGCAGCCCUUUUGUCCAGCGGUGGCACUGGAGUGGAUCGAUCUCUCCUACCAUUUGGUGAUUCACAUAUUGUCCCUGGCACUGGCAUUGAAGACAGUCCUCCAGAGCAACCACCUGCUCCUUUUUCUUGUGACUGGAUCACAAAGAACCCUGAAGAGCUUGAAAGUUUUUGUAAUUUGAUUCAACAAGAUUUCCCCAACUUGGAGGAGGAUACAGCUUGGCUUCCCCUGCCAAUUCAAGCUGCUCCACCCAGUAAUGCUCAACUUGGUGAGCAAGGUGUAAACUGGUUCUGCUAAGAGGAGUGAUGAAACUAGUGGGAAGUAAACAGUUAGCAGGUUAUCUAAGAUAGGGUCCAAGGAUUAAAUUUUUGGCAUUAUGUAAGUUUAUUUUGUACACAACAAAGGAAAGUGUAGGAAUGAAACUCAGCCUGGGAUACACUAAUGUUGUAAUAUACCCAGUAUGGUAAAUUAAAUUGAAUGUAUUGCAAUUUAUCAGCAAGUUAGCUGUUUGUCUUUCUAUCCUGUUCCUUGCUACUCAACUAGUCUGUAUUGUGAUUUGUAGAACUAUAGUU